AUGCAGCCUUUCAGUGCUUCCAAGGAAAUGCCCAUCCCCCCAUUUGACAUGGGGAUGGGGGCUGGUCGUGACCCAAGGCAAAAGUUCAUCUACGUCGUUGUCUUGUUAAGAAUGUUGAACUUCUACGACAACAAAGAAGAGGCCGAGAGACAAGCUGAGAAAGAAAAUGCUCUCAGCCCGCUCAGUAACUGGCAGGCAAGCGUCCAAAAGCUCGAUAUACAAACCAGCGAGUACAUCCAGGCCAGCGAUAUGGCGGUACAGAACCAAAUGGGAGAAGAUGUAUCAGGCAUUACACUUUCAGAGGGGCCGAACGAUCUUCCUAAGGGGUGCGUCAAAGAGGAUUCACUCAAAGGUUACACGGUCGGCUUUCGUGGCAAUAUGCCGACCUACAACUCUGCGAUAUUAAAGGUUUUGGCCAAGGAGGCUGGUGCUAGAAUUGAGGGGGAUCGAGAUCUUCCGUUGACCCACACCCUGAUCGUGAUGGGUCCCAAUGCUCCCCGACUGACAAUUGAUUCGGUUAUGAGAAGAGGCAUUAGACCGAUCAGCGAAAAGAAGUUCCUCGAGAUAAUUAGCAAAGAAAGCCCUCGGAAUUCAGGAGAAGAGGAGAACAAGGAUGACAAGAAUACGGAUGACAAGAAUACGGAUGACAAGAAUACGGAUGACAAGAAUACGGAUGACAAGGACAAGGAUGCUGGAGUGGAGGAAUUCUUUAGUAUGUCGUUCACUGGCUAG